CGUGAGUGCUUUAGGCACAUGUACCACAAUUUCCAGAAAUAUUUCCAUGGUGAUGUCUUUGGAAGGUUGUGGCCUGCUGCUCGGGCAUAUAGAUUGGAGGUAUAUCAACAUCACAUGGCCAAGGUGUAUGCGGCUUCCGAUAAGGUAUUGCCUUACCUAAGCAAUUACCAUAAUCUGUUAUGGAUGAGGUGCAUGUUUAACCCUCAAAUCAAGUGUGACUACAUCAAUAACAAUUUGGCCGAGUGUUUUAAUGCUUGGGUGAAAGAUAUCAAGGACUUACCGAUUGUUCAGCUAGCGGACAAAAUUAGAGAGAUGAUUAUGGAGCUAUUUAGGAAGAGGAGAAUGAUUGGAGAAAGAUUUGUAGGUCUAAUUCUGCCAUUUGUCAUACAUCAACUAAAUGCAAAGACUAGAGGACUAGGACAUCUCAAGGCCAAAGCAUCAGCUGAUUGGAGUGCGGAAGUGACCAAUAUUAACAAAGAUGGUGAAAGGCAUGUGGUGAAAACACUCACACAUGAGUGUACUUGUCUCCAAUGGCAGCACACAGGCAAGCCUUGUGACCAUGCACUUGCCUUCAUAAAUGUUCUGCAAGCUCGGAACUUUGUCAACAUGGAGGAUUACGUACAUGAGUACUACUCAGUUAGCAGAUUCAGGGCAGCCUAUGAAGGUGCAAUUGAGCCCCUUACGGACAAGAAUCAGUGGCCACAAGUAGAUACUGGAUUUGUCUUACGUCCACCAAUUCCAACAAGCAAGAAAGCUGCUGGAAGAACAAGGAAACAAAGGAUAAAGGCUUGGUGGGAAGGUGGUACAAGGAAGGGGGCUCUCAACAAAUGCAAAAGAUGUGGCGAGCUUGGCCAUAGAGAAUCUGGCUGUCCUAAUAAUGGAACAAAGAAAAGGAACGGAAAGGGGAAAAAGAACAUGUCGCCAUGGUUUGAUGUUUCCGUGAGCAACUUAGUCCCGUCUACACCAACAAAGAACCAAGCUGCUGCUACAACUAGCAGCCCGGGACCGACCACAAGGAGCCAAGCUGCUGCUGCUACAACUAGCAGCCCAGGACCUGUGACAAGGAGCCAAUCUGCUGCUUCUACACCACUGAAAUCUCCUCCAGCAAAAGGAAAGAAGAUGACUCCAAAGAAGCGGAAAUCAAGUGACCUGUGAACUUGUUGUGCCUUUGAAGAACUCCUUUAUUUGUUCAGAACUUGGUUGUGUACGUGAGAGACAUUCUCAUGUUUAUUUUGUUGUCAUGCAUGAACUACUUUAAAUUCUUGUUGAACAAUCAGUUUGUGAGACUGUGAAACUAUCAGUUUGUGAACCUAUGAUAUUGUUGUCAGUUUGUGAGUCA